AUGGCUUUAAUGGUGCCCAAGGUGUCCAUCGGCGCCAAUGGCCGAGCCAUGCCCGUUAUUGGGAUGGGCACUGCAUCAUUGUCGCCGGAGGCCAUGCUCGAAGCUAUUAGAAUUGGCUACCGCCACUUCGACACUGCUUUCGUGUACGGCUCGGAGCAGCCUCUUGGCGAAGCAAUUGCCCAAGCCCUGCACCUAGGGCUCAUCAAAUCCAGGGACGAGCUAUUCAUCACUUCGAAGCUCUGGUGCACCUCUGCCGAGAAAGACCUUGUCGUGCCCGCCAUCAAGAAAAGCCUCGGGAAUCUUCAACUGGAAUACCUUGAUCUGUUUCUGAUACACUGGCCGCUGAGGCUGAGCAAAGAAAUGCGCCAAAUACCAGUUCCAAAAGAAGAUCUUCUUCCGAUUGACAUAAAGUCGUUGUGGGAAGGCAUGGAAGAGUGA